AUGUCGUUCAACACCCCAUCUAUGUUAGUCUUCGGACCUCAGUCGUCAACUCCAUCCCUAGAAUGCCUGGCUCAGCUGCAAAGUGUCCUCGGGUCCGAAUCCAAAUCCCACCUGCAGUCCCUUCGUGCUGCAGUAGAGAGAGCCUUCACCGUAUGGCCCAUGUUGCUGGCAUCAGAUCUCUCCUUGGCCGAUCUCCCCGGGGACCAAUACAUCAAGCAACUUCUCGGCCUGGUUUCAGCUGAUAUCGACCCAGCUGUCGUCCGCGUGGGCGAUCUACCGAGCACCGUCGUGACGCCUUUGACGGUUCUGUUGCAUCUCGCCCAAUAUCUAUUGUACGUCGGUUCAGGCUCAGCCCACGGCAUAUCAACCCAUUCCCAAGUUCUAGACCGAGUCCGACUUCAAGGAGGUGUCCAAGGUUUCUGCACGGGCCUGUUGAGUGCAGUUGCGGUUGCAGGAAGCCAUGACGAGCAAGAAUUGAUACACCGGGCCAGCACUGUCCUACGACUGGCCAUAGCCAUUGGUGCCUGUGUUGACGCAGACGCACACGGCCAAUCGUCAUCUAAGGAAGCCGGCUGCAUAGUAGUCAAGUGGUCAAAUGAGGAGGGCAAAGCACAGCUGCUCCGCUCUCUUGCCCAAACUGCAGGGGCAUAUAUCUCUGUGUACCCCGAUGGCAAUGCUGCCACCGUCACUGUACCCACCAACGCAAUGGCUACCUUAUCACAAACCCUCCAGACCCACAAUCUGGUGGCCAUUCCGCUUGACAUGCGUGGACGAUUUCAUACCACGGAACAUGAAUCAAUUGCUGGUCAAUUGAAGCAGUUGUGUGCUAUGACUCCCGAUCUGCAGCUGCCGCGAGCGUCGGAGCUACUAGUGCCCGUUUUGGGCAAUGAUGGACAGGCUCUUCCUUGUGAUACAUUCCUCCACGACCUCCUUAUCGAUGCAAUACUUGUCCAGACGUGCAACUGGCACGCGACGGCGUUGACUGCCGUAUCCAAUCUUAGCACAGUUACUGCCCACCCAUCCUCUCAACUCAUUCAGUUUGGAAAUAUCGAUUGCAUCCCGCCCUCGGUGCUGCGGACUCUCCCACAUACCACCGUAUGUCGGAUGCCCAAGUCUUUGCUGGAGAUCAGUGAGGUGGCUAUAGACGCCUCUACUCCUGUUCAACCGCCACUGUCGGAGAACGCGGUGGCCAUCGUGGGCAUGGCCGGCCGCUUUCCCGGGGCGGAUAAUCUGGACGAUUUUUGGUCGCUGCUCUGUGAUGGUGCGUCGCAAUGUCAGCAGAUGCCAGAGGAGAGGUUUCACCGUCAUGGUUUGCGCCGCUCCCCCAAUGACAAGCUCGCCUUCUGGGGGAACUUUAUCGCCGAUAUCGACUCAUUUGACCACCGGUUCUUUCGCAAAUCAUCGCGCGAGGCCGCCAGCAUGGACCCACAGCAGCGUCUAUUUCUGCAGGUGGCUUAUGAAGCGCUGGAAUCGUCUGAGUACUUUUCCCGUCCCAGGGAUCCAUCGCAGGAUGUGGGCUGCUACGUCGGGGUGUGCUCGUCGGAUUACAAUGACAACGUAGCAGUGCAUGCUCCAAACGCCUUCUCGAGCCUGGGAACGCUGCGUGCAUUUCUGACGGGCAAGAUCAGUCACUUCUUCGGAUGGACAGGGCCAUCCAUCACCUAUGACACCGCCUGUUCCUCCUCUGCCGUGGCCAUUCAUGCCGCAUGCAAAGCUAUCCAGACAGGCGAGUGCUCCAUGGCGUUGGCCGGGGGUGCCAGUCUGUACACCAGCCCCUUCUUCUACGAGAAUUUAGCGGCCGCCUCAUUCCUCAGUCCGACGGGUCCCACGAAACCCUUCGAUGCGAAGGGAGACGGCUAUUGCCGGGGCGAAGGCGUGGCCUUGGUAGUGUUGAAGCCCCUCUCCAGUGCGCAGGCCGAUGGAGACCGCAUCCUGGGGGUCAUCGCCGCCACGGCCAUCAAUCAGAAUGUGAACUCGACCCCCAUCACUGUGCCUCAUGGCGAGUCACAGGUGCGCCUCUAUGAGAAGGUCGCAUCCGAUGCCGGGAUCCAUCCCCACGACGUCUCUUACGUGGAGGCUCACGGAACAGGCACGCCGGUCGGCGAUCCCAUCGAGCUGGCCAGUAUCCGUCGGGUCUUCGGGGGCUCCACGCGCAAGAACCCCGUUCAUGUUGCCUCGGUCAAGGGCAAUAUCGGGCACUUAGAAGGCGCCUCGGGGGUCGCAUCCUUGAUCAAGACCGUGUUGAUGAUGCGCCAUCAAACAAUUCCCGUGCAGGCCAACCACACCCAGCUCAACCCCAAAAUUCCUCCCUUGGAGCCAGAUCAUCUCACAAUUCCCCAGUCUACACAGCCCUGGAAGGCGCCUAUGCACAUCGCGUGCAUCAACAACUAUGGGGCCGCAGGGAGUAACGCAGCCAUGAUUGUGCGCGCCGCCGUGCCCACCAGGGGUUCCGAUCAGUUCCGGGUGCUGCCCAAAUACCCCGUUUAUCUGGCGGCCAAUUCGGCGGCGAGCAUGCAGGCCUAUGGCCUGUCUUUACUGAAAUGCAUCCAGACGUGGAGCCGCCAAUACGGCGAACGUGACCUUCUAGCCAGUGUUGCCUUCCAUUUGGCGCAGCAGCAAAACAAAUCCCUGGCCCUAGGCUCCGUCGGCUCCGUGUCUUCCCUGCCCGAGUUGAUCAAGUUGCUCGGCGAUCCUCAGCCGCAACCGCGAGAGUCGCCAGCUGCCCGGGGGAAGGUAAUUCUAGUUUUUGGUGGACAAACUAGCAUGCAUGUCGGCCUGAACCGACAGGUUUUCGAGGCCUCUCCCCCACUACGACGCCAUCUGGACGCCUGCGAUUCGGCCCUCCGGGCUCUGAAUCUCGGCAGUAUCUAUCCGGCCAUCUUCGACACCCAACCCAUCCAAAACCUGGUGCUGCUUCACUCCCUCUUCUUUGCUAUCCAGUACGCCUGCGCCCGGGCCUGGAUGGAUAGCAAUGUUCUCCCCGAUGCCGUCAUCGGCCACAGCUUUGGUCAGCUGACGGCGCUAUGUGUCGCCGGUGUCUUAUCCCUUGAGGAUGGACUUCGGUUGAUCACGGGGCGCGCAGCCUUGAUGGGCAGUCACUGGGGGUCCGAAGGUGGAUCUAUGAUCUCCCUGCAAGCUUCCUUGGACGUAGUUGCCGGUGUCAUGGCCAGUGUCGAUGCCCAGCUGGAAAUUGCCUGCUACAACGGACCUCAAAGCCAUGUCCUUGUUGGGUCUGAGACCGCCAUCGACCGCGUGGAGCAGCUGCUCCAGCGAGAGGAUAGCCCAGGGUCGCGGAUCAAAUACAAGCGGUUGGCAGUCACCCAUGGCUUCCAUUCACGGUUCACCGAGUCGCUGCUCCCUCGCCUCACCGAGUUGUCGAGGUCUUUCACCUUCCAUGACUCCAGUUUCCCCGUUGAAACCUGCUCCGAGCACAGCAGCUGGUCGAGCAUCACGGCCGAUCGCAUUGCGGAACAUACACGGACGCCGGUCUACUUCGCACAGGCGGUGCGACGAUUGGAAGAACGGUUGGGGCCGUGCAUUUGGCUGGAGGCAGGCUCCGGGUCGGGGGUAACGGGGAUGGUGCGCAAUGCCCUGGUUGAUCCAUCACCACACAUCUGCCAGUCCCUCGACCUGCGCGACCCCGCCGGCCUGUCGAACCUGGCCGAUACCACCGUGCAAUUGUGGAAACAGGGGCUUGACGUGGGAUUCUGGCCCUUUGAUCGUCGCGACCGCCAUCACUAUGUGGACCUUCUCUUGCCGUCGUAUCAAUUUGAGAAACAUCGGCACUGGCUAAAAUGGCAGCCAUCCGGGAUGGCCACAGCCGCGGCCCUCUCGGCCUCGGAGACGGGUCCGUUGGAUCCCGUUCUCCUGUCUCUGGUUCGGCACCUGGAUUCAGACCAUCAGGACGCCGAGUUCGCCGUCGAUCCUCGCAGCGAGCAAUACCGGUCACUAGUGGAAGGGCACGCGGUUCUCGCGCAGCCCCUGUGCCCGGCUCCCUUGUACGUCGACCUAGUCGCACAAGCCGCACUCGCGCUUGCAGGUGACGCGGGCGGAGUACCGAGGGUCGAGAACCUGGAAAUCCACGCUCCGCUGGGGGCGGGGGAUAGACGCAUCCAGCUCGAGCUUCGUCGCAUCAACCCCAUGACGCCGGCCUGGAAAUUUUCCGUCUCCAGCCAUCGACCUGCCACCCCGGCCAGCAGGGACCGCCAUGCCACGGGAACGGUGCGCCUUGAGCAGGACACUGCCCGCCUGUCGGAUGAUUACGCUCGCUUCGAGAAUCUGUUGGGCCCGGAGCGAUACGAGCGGAUUCCGCGAGAGCCACAAGCAGAGGCUCUCCAGGGGUCCCAGGUGUACAAGGCCUUUGGCAAGGUGGUAACCUACCGGCCCUACUAUAAGGGAGUACGGAGCGUACAUGCCUUGGGACGAGAGGUGGUUGGCCGGGUCCAGCUGCCUCAGCUCCCUCUUCCAGGGUCCUCCGAUAAUGCCACCAAGCCCACGGCUGCCUUGAACCCACGCGCAGUCGACAACUUCAUUCAAGUGUCCGGCCUUCACGUCAACUGCCUCACCGAUUUGCCGGAGAAUGAGGUAUAUGUCUGCACAAAAGUCGAUUGCGUUCAGGCCCGAGAUCCGAUCGAGGAUAACGGUAACUGGCUCGUCUACUCCAGCUAUCGCCCUGUGAGUGAUAAGCAGCUCGUCAACGAUAUUUACGUCUGCGACGCGACAUCCAAGUCGCUGGUGAUGUUCAUCUUGGGUGCGCGAUUCACUAGAGUCCAAAUCUCCAGUCUGGCCCGAGUGCUGUCCCGAGCCAAUGAUCGAUCCUCGUCCUCGCGACCGGUCUCUCCUCCCCCUUCGGCGUCACUGGCACCAAUAUCCCCUCUACCAAUCGUCAGAGGUAAUAUGCGUCCAAGGAGUUUGAAGGCCACCGACCCAGUUGCGGCUCGAGACCUGGGUGCGGAGCUUCGAUCCCUUCUGCAACGGGUUGCCGAAGUGCCGGCCGCGGAAAUCCAGGAUCAGGCGAGUUUCGACGACUUGGGUAUUGAUUCCCUCAUGGUCACCGAAGUUCUGAGUGAAAUUAACAACUCCUUCGCCGUGUCCAUCUCAAUGGACGAGUUUGCAACCAUGACGGAUAUCAAGGCCAUUGUUGUCGCCCUUCACCGGUUGCUCGGAGUUCCAGCCUUUGGCUCGGGAUCUGCGACCCCAUCGGACACCGACUCAGAGGACGAGAUCUUUGAUGGGGCACAGUCGUUGACCCCCGGCCCCAGCUCCGGGGCCAGCACGCCCCCCGCGGUCGACGAACCCUGCAAGGGUCCAAGUGUCGUCGACAAGCUGAGCCAUCUUUUGGCGGCACAUCUGGAGUGUCCUGAGCCUAUCUCCCCAAAGGCCAAUCUGGCCAACUUGGGGUUGGAUUCGUUGCUCUGCAUGGAACUGGCAGCCGACAUCAAGCAGGACCUUGGGGCAGAUGUAGACAUGGUCCUUCUCGACCAGCAGUCCACAUUCGAGGACCUCAUCAAACUGGUCGACCAGGCCCUGCCCGAUACUAGUUCAUAUUUCGGGUCCGUCCGCAGGCCUCAACUCCCAAAGCAAGGAGCAGAUACGUAUCUGCAGCCCAGCCUAAUACCAGCUGCGGGUGCCACGGAUGACUCUCUGGUGGGAGCCCAAGCCGCUUUUGAACGCAUUCGAUUCGACUACGACCAACAUGCACAAACGUCUGGUUUCGCCAACUUUUGGACGAGCGUAUACCCCACCCAAGCCAGGCUGGUUCUGGGCUACACAGUCGAGGCCUUUGCCCGGUUAGGAUGCGAUCUGGCCCGCCUUCCGGUUGGUGAGAGCUUGCCAUCCAUCUCCUACCUGCCCAAGCACAAGCCACUUGUACAACAGCUUUACCGCAUUCUUCAAGACGGGCAACUCGUGGCUAUGGAUGGCUCGACUCUGGUGCGGACCGACCGACCGGUCGAUGCCACCCCUACUACUAGGAUUUUCGAGCAGCUCCGAAGUCGAGCGCCCCAGCACGCUAUGGAGCAUCAGCUACUGCAUCUGACGGGGUCCCGACUAGCCGAGUGCCUGACCGGGGCGGCGGAUCCCUUGGACAUCCUCUUCCGAUCCAAGGGGAACCGCACCGUGCUGGAGGCGGUCUACGCCAAAGGCCCGAUGUACGAAGCCAUCUCAGAGCAGCUGUGCAGCUUCAUUGAUCAAGCCUUCUCCUCGCCUUCCUCCACGGCGGCGCCCUUUGAAAUCCUGGAGCUGGGGGCUGGGACUGGAGGCACGACGCGGUAUGUGGUCGAGCUCCUGGAACGGCGCGGCAUCCCGUUCCACUAUACCUUCAGCGACUUGUCCGGAUCCCUCGUGGCCGCCGCCCGGCGGAAGUUUGGGGCUCAGCACCCAUCCAUGCGCUUCCAGGUGGUCGAUAUCGAAAAGGAGCCCGAGGAGGCGCUGCAGGGCCGGUUCCACGCUAUCAUCUCUACCAACUGCAUCCAUGCCACCCGGGAUCUGGAACUCUCGACUCGGCAUAUCCGCCAUAUGCUACGACCGGACGGAUUUGUCGCGCUCGUCGAGUUCACCCGCAACAUGUUCUGGUUCGAUCUUGUCUUUGGCCUCCUCGACGGAUGGUGGCUCUUCUCUGACGGGCGGCCGCACGUUCUCGCAUCCGAAUGGUUCUGGGAUGCCAGCAUGCGUCGUGCAGGGUAUCAACACGUCUCCUGGACGACCGGUCCCUCGCUCGAAGCACGCACCCUGCGAAUCAUCGCCGGGUUUAAUGCACCCCCCACGGAUCCAUCCUAUGUCCCUGGGCGAGCCCCUAAGGAUGCGGAGACCAAGAUGGAACUUGUGCGCUACAAGCAGCAGGACGGUGUUUCCCUUUUUGCCGACAUUCACUACCCGCCUUCGUGGAAACCUUCGGACCCUCGACCCGUCGCUCUCAUGAUCCACGGAGGGGGACACGUCAUGUUGUCUCGCCGAGACAUUCGUCCCAAGCAGACGGCGAUCCUGCAUUCAAAGGGAUUUCUGCCAGUUUCUAUCGACUACCGCCUCUGUCCGGAGACAACCUUAGUAGAGGGCCCGAUGUCUGAUGUCUGUGACGCCUUCCUCUGGGCCCGGUCAGUCCUCCCCACCCUCCCACUGCUGUGCCAGGACCUGCGCAUCGACGCAUCCCGCAUCGCUGUGGUAGGCUGGUCCACGGGUGGGCACCUGGCCAUGACAACCGCUUUCACCACCCUACAACGCGGACUGGCGCCCCCCACGGCCAUAGCGGCUUUUUAUUGCCCCACCGACUACGAAGACUCUUGCUGGCAGCAUCCUAAUUACCCGGAGAACAGCCGCGAGCUGGCGGUCAGGGCUGCGGGCUAUGACCUGCUGGAGGGGGUGCAUGAGCGCCCGAUCACUGGCUACCAGGUACCUGCGAAAAAGCGGGCCGUGGGCGGCUGGAUGGCACCGGACGACCCGCGCUCGCGGAUUGUCCUACACAUGAACUGGAAGGGCCAAUGCUUGCCGGUGCUCCUACGCGGGCUGCCGAGGCCCGGUGCUAUAUCUCCGGAGCAGAGACAGGCUCUCAUCGCCCAAUCACAGCCCACCAAAGAGGAGGUCCAGGCGAUCAGUCCCUAUGCGCAGAUUUGUCAGGGCCAGUACACCACGCCCACGGUGGUGGUGCAUGGAACAGAAGAUGAUCUGAUUCCCUGGGUGCAGAGUCAGCGGACGGUAGAGGCGUUGCAGCAGCGGGAAGUGGAUGCAGAACUGCUGCUGGUCAAGGGCAAGAUCCAUCUCUUUGACCUCUAUGCGGAUCCCGAUGGCACCGGAGGCGAAGCCGUGCACAAGGCUUAUGAAUUUCUGGCCCGUGAGGUUUUCGGUCGUCCAACUUAAUCGGUGCUUUUGUUUUUGUUUUUUUUUUUGUUGUUUUUUUUUCCUCUAUGCAUAGCUUGUCGUGUUUUUUGAUCCAACCGCUCCUGGAAGUUUCACUGUCUGUAUUUCUAUCCAGACUGAAGUCGGAAUACGGAGUACGGAGUACUAGUUGUGUGGCAAUAACAUCCAGCUGUACUGGGUACCAACUCCAACCGGACAACAUUUAUAUAUCGUACUAAUUUUCCACGCACAGAAAUGAAGCUAGCACACCUCAACUAGUAGUAC